GCGGAACUCUAAUUAAGCCAAUUGUCCAUGUGGAAAGGUAAUUUUGAAAAGUGAUCUGUUUGGCCGGCUGAUGCAAGAUGGCUUCAGACAGUGCAUGGAAAGAUCAGGGUUCUAGUGGACAAUUUGAAGUCCCAGGUGACACUAGACUCAACUUAUCUCCCUAUGCCCUGGAUCCAUCCUACCUGCCGAAGGGUCCAGAAUUCAUUUUUCCUGUGGAGGCACGCCAGAGGAGUUGGAAUGAGAAGUGGUUUGACCGUGUUGGUACGAGCUACCUGACUGGUGUGGCUGUGGGUGGAGUUUGGGGAGUGUACGAUGGACUGUGGAGUGCUGAGGGCACCAGUGCACGACUAAGGGGGAAUUCCAUACUCAACGGGCUCACAAGGAGAGGACCGUACAUGGGAAACACAUUUGCUGUGCUUGCACUUAUCUACAGUCCCCUGGAGUCGGUCAUUGGUCACUACCGAGGCGCUCAAGACUCAGCCAAUUCUGUAGCUGCUGGUGCCAUCACUGGAGCACUCUUUAAGUCAACAGCUGGUGUUCGUGCUAUGGUGGUGGGCAGUGGAGCUGGCUGUGCAGUUGUUGGACUCUACACACUGGCCAAGUACUUCAGUAGAGAAAAAACUGGCUCUGUGUUUGACUAUGUGUAGUUUUUGUUUCCACUUCUCAUGCAAUUAUUAACUUUGUGUUGUUCAUCAUGUUCAGUUAAUUUAUUUUGUCUACAUGCAUAACAGUUUUAUAUGUGGUAUUAAUCGCCAA